CACACGAAAAGCGCCCAGUUUAUUUUGGGCUGGGAGAAAGGGUCUGAGCCUGAGAUAAGGAGUUGGCGCUACUGUAGUACUGUUGCAGCGUGGCUUAAAGCGCCGACCUCAUUUCCCUUCUUUAACAUGUGUCUCGCUCCUCGGGUGAAUUAGAAAGCAGGACCAAAUGGCAAAGAGUCAGAUUUUGUCAGUCUUGCUUCAAAGGGUCCCCGCUAGAUUCGUCCAGUAUAGUUUGCUACCACCUCAUCAUCCCUAUCCCGAGGCACUUUCAGCAGCCUGGACGCCCCCAUGACAGAGGUAGGCCCUUUUGUCCCAGAAGAGGUCAACUUUGCGCCCAAUGACCCAGAGUACCCUAAGAACUGGCCCGAUAGUCGCAAAUUCUUCAUCGUGUUGCUCGUCAGUGGGUUCGGAUUUUUGACGCCAGCAACCUCAUCGAUGGUGGCUCCUGCUCUGGACCAAAUCGCCACUGAUCUUCACAUUACUAAUUCAGCCGAAUCCCAGCUAAUCCUCUCAAUAUUCCUACUGGGACUGGGUGUUGGGCCUUUGUUGCUUGGACCACUAAGCGAAAUCUACGGCAGAGCUCCAGUUAUCCGGUGGGGAAACCUGUUUUACCUGGUCUUCAACACCGCUGGGGGUUUUGCACGAACAAACUCAGAAAUGCUGAUCUUCCGACUUCUCGCAGGGGUCGGCGGAAGUGCCCCUCUAGUCGUAGGAUCUGGGGUCAUCAGUGACUGCUACCAUCCGGAGCAGCGUGGCUUUGCUGUUUCGAUCUACAACAUCGUCCCGCUGCUCGGGCCCGCCUUAGGUCCGAUAGCUGGAGCAUUCAUCACCCAAUCCAUCUCAUGGCGAUGGGUAUUCUUCAUUGUCUCCCUAGCUGAUGUAACCCUACAACUGAUGGCUGCGGUUGUCUUACGUGAGACGUACCCCCCAGUACUCCUGGAGCAUCGUAAAAGCCUCCUGUUCGAAUCGACGGGUAAUCCUAACUUACGAACUCCAUACGACAACGAACGGAGCCGUGAUUUGCGAACGGUGCUUCGACAGUCUCUUUUCCGAUGCCUGCAGCUGCUGGUAACCCAGCCCAUUCUACAGGUCCUCGCUAUCUAUCUUGCGUACGUCUACGGGUUGAUUUAUCUGGUCUUCUCCACAUUCCCAUCGGUAUGGGAGACGCAGUAUCACCAAUCUAGCACUAUCGGCUCGUUGAACUACAUCUCCCUUGGGCUGGGAUAUCUGAGUGGGUCCUUGAUAUGCGCGGUGUUUGUGGACCGCAUAUACGGAGAGUUAAAGGCUAGAAACGACGGGAGGACCGAGCCGGAGUACCGCGUCCCGAUUAUGGCGGCAGCUUCGCUCCUCGUCCCCGUAGGUAUCGUUCUAUACGGGUGGAGCGCUGGAAAAUCACUCUUCUGGCUUAUCACAGACAUUGGUGGGUUCAUUUUCUCCUGCGGCAUUAUCAUGAUCAUGCAGUCUGUGAACAAUUAUGUCUUAGAUGCCUACCCAUUGUACGCUGCAAGUGCAAUUGGCGCAGUCACCGUGGUUAGGAAUAUCCCAGGCGUUGUAUUUCCACUUUUUGCCCCCUAUUUAUACGACGCCGUAGGAUUUGGAUGGGGCGGUAGCCUUCUGGCUCUUGUUGCUGUUUGCAUCGGAUUCCCGGCCCCCGUCAUUAUAUGGAUAUAUGGGAGGAGGCUGCGGAUCUCCAGUCAAUUUGCCUCGAAUAAUGAACGGGAGUAACACAAAGGCGUGUAUUUCCAUUACCAUGGAUAUGUAUUUUUCGGCUUCUUGUUCAUCAUACUUACCGGCUCCAUGAAUCUCCAGCUUGAUACUAUUGUGUAUAAUCUCCAGUCAUCCGCUUCAUUCCAACUCCCGAGUGACCACGCAACACUUCCUAAUUGGACAGCGGUUAAUAAUGGCUAAUGGAAAAUAAAAAAUGGCCAAGUGUCGGUUGCAGUUCUGUCCAUUUCGGGGUUCCUGACGGGUUCCCCCCCCC